UUUAUUGUUUGCGACAAUAUUAUGAACGAUUAGAAUUCCUGAACAGAAAAUCAACAAAUAGACUUGCAACCAAGAAUCUUGGAAGAAACAUUUUGUAGACUGUGUAAAUACUAAAUUGCCAGCGACACUGCUGCAAACCUCCUAUAAUGAACUGUUCGAGAAGAUUAAUUGUAAAGCUGCAUGAUGUACGUAAAACUGAAAAUAGAGCAGCAAACAAAUGUAAUACGAGGAAUGAAAACAUUUCAAAAAUAUACAAGCGCAACUUCUGUGAUUUCCAAACUAAACGGAGGACCAGCUUUGAUAGUCACUAUUUAAAAUGCAAAGACUCAAACAAAUGCAAGGCACUACCACAUAAGGGCACUUCACAAAUGCCAUAUUAUAAAUGUGAUAGUUGCAAUUACGAAUCCACGAAUAAGAGUAGUUUCAUCAAACAUCAGUUGAUACAUAAAGAUCCUUCUCAGGUCCAAACAUACAGGUGUAACGACUGCGAAUACAAAACUAAGUACAAGAGUGAUAUCAAACGGCACCAACUGAAACACAAAGACCCUUCCCAGGUUCAAACGUAUAGUUGUAACGACUGCGAUUAUAAAACUAAAUACAAAGGUGAUAUCAAAAGCCAUCAACUGACACAUAAAGAUCCUGAGCUGAUUCAAAUGUAUAGGUGCAAUGACUGCGAUUACAAAACUAAAUACAAGGGAAAUAUCAACCUGCAUCAACUGGAACAUAAAGAUUCUUCACAGAUUCAAAUAUAUAGGUGUAACAACUGCGAUUACGAAACUAAAUACAAGACUAGAUUCAAAUGUCACCAGCUGAAACAUAAAGAUCCUUCACAGGUUAAAAUGUAUAGGUGUAACAACUGCGAUUACGAAACUAAAUACAAGGCUAGAUUCAAAUGUCACAAGCUGAAGCAUAAAGAUCCUUCGCAUGUUCAAAUGUAUAGGUGUAAUGACUGUGAUUACGAAACUAGAUACAGAGAAAAAAUUAAACACCACCUACUGAGACAUAAAGAUCCUUCGCUGGUUGAAACGUACAGGUGUAACGACUGCGAUUUCGAAACUAUAUACAGGGGUUAUUUUAUAAAACACCAACAGCAACAUAAGGAUCCUUCGCAGGUUCAAAUGUACAAGUGUAGUGACUGCGACUACGAAUCCAAACACAAGAAUAAAAUCAAACAACACAAACUGAAACAUGAAAAUCCUUCGCAGACCCAAAUGUACAGUUGUAAUGACUGCGAGUUCAAAAGUAAAUACAAGAAUAGUUUCAAAAGGCACCAACGGAAACAUAAACAUCCUUCGUAUCUUCAAAUGUACUGA